UUUAUCGUUUACCGUACAGAAUAUUGAACAUUUUCUCGAUUACACAAUAACGUUCACGCUCCUUAUAUUCUCAACCGGUUUGCCGAUAAUGGCCAGUAUAGCGCGAACCGUCAGCCUUCGCAGAUCUCUCUUGAACAAUGAGGACCAGAAACAGAAUGCCACCCUAUCGGGUAUGGGGCUCUAUAGAAGAUGGGAGCAUCGAGUUCGAAUCUCUAACAGAUGACACCCUCGAGGGUGCUAUAAACGUAAUAAGGGAGAGUUUCUUUGUCUACGAGAGUGUUUGCAGGGGUGUUGAUCUUCUGUCAGAGCCUGGUGCAUCGAAGGAGCUUGAGAAACUUUGCCUGGAUGCUGCCAAGGAUGGGAUCAGUGUUGUGGCCAUCGAUGUGAACAGUGGUGAAGUUAUUGGAGUUGCCUUCAACAAAAUGCAGGUGGCCCAGAAUUCAGCAGAGAAAAGUGCCUUUGAAAUUUUCAGUGAGAACUGCAAGUACCAGUCAUCGAAAGCUCUGGUGGACUUCAUGAUUGACGUAGACUCUAGGAUAAAUCUUUUUAAACACUAUAAUACAGACUGCAUCUUUGAGAUUAUGUUUCUGGCCACUCUGCCCAGCAAACAGAAGCGCAGGAUAGGAGAGCUGUUGGUUUCCUCAUCGAUGGAGCUGGCUAAGGAGCUGAAAAAAGAGAAACCAGUGAAAACACCAGUUACCAUUGACGGUGAUAAUACUCUACAAAAUAAGGAUGCAAUACCCAGUUUGAUAUCUGCAAUUAUGACUUCAAGCUACUCUCAGAAGAUUGCCAGCAAGUGUGGAUUCGAGGAUCUGAUAAAAGUACCUUAUGAAAAAUUCUCAUUUAAGGGGAAGAGUUUUAGUGAUAGAAUAGGGGACGAACAUCCAAGCUGCGUUUUAGUUGCUAAAAGAUUACAAUAGUGUAAAUUAAUUUAUUACAAUGCAUUGAUAUUAAUAGUUGUAUUAUUAGAAUGCAACAUUUGGAAAAUUCUUCUACAAUUUCUUGUUUAUAUAACACGUUAUCGAGUCAGCCCGAUUGGCUGGAUAAUCAAGUUCGAAAUCAAACAUUGAAACACGCGAUAAAUGAACGUCUGGCACGUUCAACUGUUUACGCAAUCAUAGAGAUAGAUUAAAACAUAUUCGUAUUUCCGUAAACACGGAAUGAAUCGAGUAUCGGUACGCAUUUGUGUAAUGGGGACACUGGAGAAAUAAAAAGAAAUUUUAAAUAUCA